CACACGCCACGGCCGCCGGGAGCGGCACGAGCGCGGCGACCUGAACUCGCGGAGGCGCUACAACUCGGGCAGCCGCGCGCCGCUCUCCACCAUCGCCGACCGCGUGGACGCCUUCUCGCUGCUAGGCAUGGAGCCGCUGCAGGAGGGCCAGGAGGUGUCAUACAGCGAGCUUCUGCUGCCGUCCUCCGCCGGCGGCCGCCUGCCGCGCCGGCUCCACUCGGGUGGAGAACGAGCUGGAGGCGCGGCGGUCGUCCACCAGCGCAAUGCCCAGCUCAGCCUGAACCGAUGCGUGUCGCACGAGCCGAGCAGCGGUGGCCGCGCCGCCUCCUCCAGCUGGUCCAGUGACAGAGUGGUGGAUGAGGAGUCGGCUCAGGAGGCGAGCGGCGUUCCGUACGAUCCGCUGCUGCUGGACAACCCGGAGACCCAGUCCGAGAAUCACCGCACCGUGCUGACCUUCAGGUCGUACCGGUCGUCUAUCAUCGACUACAUGAAGCCGUCCGACCUGAAGCGGGUCACCAACGAGCAGUUCCGCGAGCAGUUCCCACACAUCCGGCUAACGCUUUCCAAGCUGCGCAGCCUGAAGCGCGACCUACGUCGGAUCGCCGCCGACUGCCAUAUCGACGUGCUGAGCGUGGCGCAGGCGCACGUCUACUUCGAGAAGCUGGCGCUGCGCGGCCUCAUCGACAAGCCCAACCGCAAGCUGGUGGCCGGCGCUUGCCUCCUGCUCGCCGCCAAGAUGAACGACGUCAAGGGAGACACCAUGAGCCAACUGAUGGAGCGCACCGAGACGGUAUUCCGCAUCCACCGGCGCGACCUCAUCAACUGCGAGUUCGGGGUUCUGGUGGCGCUCGAGUUCGCGCUCCACCUGCACACAGGCGAGGUGGAGCCGCACCUGCGCCGCCUGGAGGCCGGACUCUGAGGCGACGGUGGCGCCGGCUGGUGGCCUCCGACCUACCACCUGAGGAGGACGGGAGCUGGUCUUCCGGUGGCGCCGUCUGUGGGCUGGGAUCCGGUGCGACGAGAGCGCCGCUUGGAGGCGGGGCUCUUACGUUAGGCGGCGCUACUCUCCGACUUGGCUGCUUCUCGACGUGCAAUACGUGUUACGUGCGUCGACUUCCGCUGGCUGUUGGCGCCGUUAACUGCUCUCAGCGGCGUGGUAGGGCGGGGCUGCAGGGCAGGAGUUCUGGUCCUUCCCGUCCCUGGACGGCGGCUGGAUGACCCGGCCGGUGGUCGCGCCGUGCCAUGCUCAACACACUGGCCGACAGGCCACGCCGCUGUAGAAGAACGCAGAAGCCUCUCGUGCGGGCGCAGAACCGGUGUCGGUGUACAGUCAAGGGCCGCCCGGUGAUAGAGGCUCGUGGUCUCGCUGAGAUUGGGGCGGGCGCCGGGGCGGCGCGCGGUCCGUCUGACCAGGUGGCUGGUCACGGCGGCUUUAACGACGGCUGGCGGAUUGUCGGGGCCUACGGUCCUGAUGAAUAUGUGGAUUGGCGACGCCCGUCUUUCCCAAGUCAGGGUAGACGACGCGCAAGACGCGAAGAAUGCGUUUCAGGUUAUCUGAGAAACAGGUUGAUCAAAAUGUGAAGUGAUGGCAUGGGAGCGAAUCGACGCAUCUGCGCCACGUUUAUUGCGCCGCUCCGCCCACCCGUCUGAGCUUAUCGUCUUCGCUGCAGCCUUGUCUUUGCGUCAGGCCUUGGGAGAUGAUAUGGAUAGCCAUUGCACCGAUGGAGGAUCGGGUGCAAUAUCGGAACAGUCACACAGCUGGGAGAGUUUUUAGACUUCAUGUUAUGAGGUGUGCUUCCAGUUGCGUUGGAUGAGCUCGUUGCUCGUUGGACAGAGCAGGCUUCUGUGUCUGUCGGUGGGCUCGUGCACUGCGAUAUACAGUUACAGUGCCGUGUCGCUGACUGCAGUGUAGCAGUGUCGUGUCGCUGACUGCAGAGUAGCAAUGUCGUGUCGCUGACUGCAGUGUAACAGUGCCAUGUCGCUGACUGCAGUGUAACAGUGUCGUGUCGCUGACUGCAGUAUAACAGUGUCGUGUCGCUGACUGCAGUGUAACGGUGUGGUGUCGCUGGUUGCAGUAUAAGUGUCGUGUGGCUGACUACAGUAUAACAGUGUCAUGUCGCUGACUGCAGUAUAAGUGUCGUGUCGCUGACUGCAGUAUGACGGUGUCGUGUCGCUGACUGCAGUGUAGCAGUGUCGUGUCGCUGACUGCAGUGUAGCAGUGUCGUGUCGCUGACUGCAGUGCGACAGUGUCAUGCCGCGGACUGCAGUGCGACAGUGUCAUGCCGCUGACUGCAGUAUAGCAGUGUCGUGUCGCUGACUGCAGUGGUACAACAUUUGCCAGGAUUUUCUUGGUAGUGCCUGCGGGAUCAACCUAGCUCUCCUGUACUUAUUUAUGCCGCGGUUAACGUAUGGUGCGCAAUAGCCUGCUUUCUGCGCCUCCACUUAUCUGGAUGGGCUGUGUGCUGCAUGUGGAGCAUCUACGUCGCUCAAUAUAUCCUCAAGGGUCCUG